AUUCAACUGGGCAAAACCUCUGAGGUUUUGCAGACCGAAAAAUAAAAUAAAAUAAAAACUAUUGCCUUUCUGCAUGCACAACAGUUAAGGUACUACAAAUAAUAAUAUUGGACUGGAAUAUGAAACCCUAGUUUAAUAACCAUGGAAGAUCUGGAGUGGAUUGCAGCUGUAGCUCUGUAAUGGUGGCAGUCACGUCUGCCUUAAAAUGUCCGUAGUCAAUGACAAGUUUCUAUCGCUUUCCAUACGGAAUUCGGCUUUUUCAGAAGCAGUAUUUGAGAGCAAAUGUUGGGAAGAAGAAUGAGGAUUUACUGUAAAACAACUUAUAUUUCAAUUUGUUCGUGUCCGAAAGAUACAAGUGGCAUUAUUUCCGUGAAAGAGGUGCUAGAGAGCAAAAGGUGGGAAGAAUAGUGAGGCCACCGUCAACUGUAUACAUUUCAGUUGGCUAUAUCUGGAAUGUGUGCAUUUUUAUGAUUUAUCUAAACAAGCAUUUGUGAGCAAAUGGUGUGAAGGAUAGAGGGAUUUUGUUUAAAACAUCAGAUAUUCUAAGUUUUGGAGUCCGGAAAUGUGUGCAUUAAGUAUUUGGAACGAAAGUUAUUCGAAGGUCAAGGUGUAUCUGCAUUGUGUAUUAGAGACAAAAUGAACAAGAAAAUUAAGGUAAAUUUUCGUUUCUUUUUCUGAAAAACAUUGUUUUGAGAGCACAUAAUGCAAAUAGUGUGGAGUUGUUUCAAGUUUUAGAGGCAUGAUCUGCUGGUAAAAGAUUAUUUUUGAGCUCCGGGCCUUUGAUAUCUGGUAUAUGGUCAGGUUUGAGGGUUGAAGUGUUUGCAUUGUUACCGGAAGCUGGCGAGUUAGAAGAUAUGAUUUGCUGAGAAAAGAGUAUUUUUAAGCUCCAGGCCUGUGAUAUCGGGUAUCUGGUCAGGUUUGACGGUUGAAGUGUUACAUUGUUACCGGAAGCUGGCGAGUUAGAAGAUUGUUAAAGAAACAAGAGUCCUUUUGUCAAGUUCAGAAAACUUUUUCAUAAGAAUUUCUGAAUUCUCCUUCGGGUCUGCACUAGGGGCGUUGCAACUGUUCAAUUAUGUUCAUAGCUUUAUGAUGAGUAGGAGUUGGGUAGGGCGUUAUUGAUGAAUGUACAGAGAGUGUUUGGCCAGGAUGUUUUACCAGGAUAUUUAUGAAGAUGCCCAGCUCAAUUGUACGUGAAAGAAUACCUUACCCAGUCUUAAACUAAGUACAUUUGACUGUUUAGUAUCUAGUCUUUGACCAAAUACAUUUUACUGGUUAUUUUGCAUUCUCACUAUAUUAUUACAGCGAGGUUCUAUUUAUGCAUGAUUUGAUUUUGAGGCGGGUAGGCUCAGGGCUCAAAGGCUAAACCAGGCUUAUUGGGAAACUCAAGUUUAAAGCUUGGCUGGGGAGAAAUUCUUCAGCAGGGGAAAUACAGUAUUGUCUCUGACCAAUUGCAUUGUGACUGGCUAGUUUGCAAUCUUCAGUGAAUUAUUACAGCGAGGUUAUAUUUAUGCAUUAAUUGAUUUUGAGGUGGGUGGGCUCAGGGCGCAAAGGCUAAAUCAGACUUACUGGGAAACUCAAGUUCAAAGCUUGGCUGGGGAGAAAUUCUCCAGCAGGGGAAACACAGUAAGUAUUCACAGGCAUGCGUUCCCCUCUCCAUGAGAUGAAUUAUCCUUGAUGGUAGGAGGAUCCUUCUAAUGGCCAAAAUCCAAUAUAACCUCACUUUUUAGUGGGCCUUGGUCGCAAAUUUUGUUGGGUAUCCUGCUAAUGUUUACGGUGAAGGUUGGGCUUCUAAUGCCGUUAAUGUAAAAAUUUGUCAGGUAUCUGUGAUAAUGGACAGAAUGAAGACUUUUACACUAAUGGGAAUUGCAGCUUUUGUUUUCUGUUUUGGGCUUGGGAUGGCUCAAGUCCUUUCAGAGGAUGCACUGGUACUUCUUGAAUUUAAAAAAGGGAUCCACAAGGAUCCUUUGGGUCAUGUUAGCUCAUGGGAUGAAAAAUCUGUGGUCUUAAAUGGCUGUCCGACAUCAUGGUAUGGAGUUGUGUGCAGUGAUGGGUUCAUCACUGGAAUUGAUCUCAGCUCACUGAAUAUUGCAGGAGAGAUCAAUCUUGGAAUUUUCAGUAAGCUUAAGAGGCUGCAGAAUUUGUCAUUGUUUAAUAAUUCUCUUACAGGGAAUCUUUCUGCAGAAUUGGGGACUUUAGGGUCCAUUCAGUAUAUUGAUCUAUCAGACAAUUUAUUUUAUGGGUCUAUUCCAGGGGAAAUUGGUAACUUGCAAAAUCUUCAGAAUUUGUCUUUUGCUGGCAACAAAUUUACCGGAAUUAUUCCUGAUUCAGUGGGUGCCAUGAGCUCACUUCUAAAUCUUGAUUUGAGCCGAAAUUCAUUGAAUGGGCAGAUGCCAACUACUUUGUCAAAAUUGCAGGAUUUAGUUUCUCUUAACUUGUCAUUGAACAAGCUUAGUGGAGGAAUUCCGGCGGGUGUGGAGAAGUUUCUGAACUUGAAGAACUUAGAUUUGCAUCAAAAUCAGCUAUCUGGACAGAUUGAAAGUUCUUUAAUGCUUCUAAUGAGUGCAGAGUACAUUGAUCUGAGCUGCAACUUAUUUUCAGGACAGCUUCCUUGGAAAAUGCAAAUCAUAGCCAGCUUAACACAAUCACUCCGGUAUUUGAAUCUCAGCAACAAUAGAUUUACUGGACUGUUACAGUCUGAUGAUAGCAUACCUUUGUUUGAUAGCCUAAAGGUUCUAGAUAUAAGUAGCAAUCAGUUGACAGGGGAACUUCCUGCUUUUCAUUUUGUUUAUGCACUCGAGGUUUUGCGCUUGAGCAAUAACCGGUUUUCUGGCUUUGUACCAUUUACACUUUUGGCACAAGAUUCUUCAGUCUUGGUUGAAUUGGAUCUUAGCCACAACAAUCUUUCAGGUCCACUUGGUGUAAUUACAUCAACCACUCUGAGAAUUCUAAAUAUUUCAUCAAAUUCUCUGUCUGGUCCACUGCCCAGCAAAACAGGAACAUGUGCAGUGAUGGAUCUAAGUAAUAAUGUGUUUACUGGAGACUUAUCCGUGUUGCAGACAUGGGGAAAUUCUAUGCAAGUCCUUGAUUUGAGCUGUAAUCAGAUUACAGGAUCAGUACCAAAUGAAACAUCUCAGUUUUUGAGACUCACUCAUCUAAAUCUCUCACACAAUGCAUUAGUUGGUCCUCUCCCAUCCAUACUUGGAACAUAUCCCAAACUUAAUGUGCUUGACCUUAGCUUCAAUCAUCUAAGUGGAUUUCUUCUGACUAGCCUCUUUAGUUCAUCUACAUUAUCAGGUCUACAUUUGGCUAGCAAUCGAUUCACAGGAACCAUUCCACUGCAGACAAUGCUCCCUGUCAGUCCAGCAUCAUCAUCGGCAUAUACACCAUAUUUACAAUAUUCACGUCUAGAAUCACUGGAUCUUUCAAGCAACCAAUUGAAUGGUUCCAUUCCUGUAGAAAUUGGCUUCUUAGAAAGCCUCAGGGAACUAAAUCUCCAUGGAAACAAUUUCCUCAGAUCAAUACCAUCUGAAAUAAGCAAGCUUGGUAAUUUGUCUUACCUUGAUCUCUCUGUUAAUCAUUUGACAGGGCACAUACCUCCUAAUCUUCCAAACAGCCUGAAAGAACUGAAUCUUUCCUACAAUAAUUUAUUAGGGACAGUUCCUCAGAAUUUGAGAAGGUUCCCUGAGUUAUCCUUUCAUCCUGGCAAUGUUCAAUUGAUUUUUCCUCAUAUUGCUUCCCCUUCUAAUGGUGUUCCAAACAGAGAAUCCAAUGGAAGUCAUGCCGAGGGCCUUAAGCCAGGUCAUAAGGCUUUAAUCAUUGGAGGGUGUGCUGCUGGUGCUGCAAUUCUCAUUGCUCUAGCUCUUUUCUUGCACCACAGAAGAGUUUCAAAUUCUCAGGACCUCUUGGAAAAUCCUGAAUAUAAUAAGCAAGUUACUCGAGCAGAUGACAAUAAAGGUAGCACCUCCUCUGCUCGGCAUUUUGAUUCUUACAAGAAUGCUGAUUGCACAGAACCUGUUUCAGUAAGUCUUUCUGUUGAUGACCCCAUUGCUUCCAAAAAAGAAUCUCCGGUUGCUGCACUAAAGGCAUUUUCUUCUGAACCUGCUUUACGGUGGCCUUCAGAUGUCAAAUUAGAAGGUGUGGACUCUGCAAAGCUAAUUGGUUCAGCUCUUUCUCCACCAAAGAUUAAGUGGUCCUCACCUGGUUCCAAUAGUCACUUGUCAUCAUCUCCACGGUCUGAAGAUUCAUUCACACCUGACCAUCCUGUUAUAUUGAAGGUCCGGUCACCAGAUCGCUUGGCAGGGGAACUCUAUAUUCUGGAUCAGAAUUUGGUUUUAACAGCUGAGGAGUUGUCACGGGCACCUGCUGAGGUUCUGGGUAGAAGUAGCCAUGGCACUUCGUAUAAAGCAACACUUGACAAUGGCCAUUUGCUGAGAGUGAAAUGGCUAAGGGAAGGCCUGGCCAAGUGCAGAAAAGAUUUCACAAGGGAGGCAAAGAAAUUUGGUAACAUAAAACAUCCAAAUAUAAUCUCUUUGAGAGGGUAUUAUUGGGGACCUAGUGAGCAUGAGAAGCUCAUUUUAUCUGAUUUUAUGAGUUCGGGCAGUUUAGUGAGUCAUAUGUAUGAUAGAUCUGGUAGGACAAUUUCACCCUUGUCUUGGGGUCAGCGUCUAAAGAUUGCUGUAGAUGUUGCACGUGGUUUAAAUUAUCUACAUUGUGAGAGAUUCAUGCCUCAUGGUAAUCUCAAAGCAGCAAACAUCUUGCUAGAUGGCCCCGAUCUUAGUGGGCAACUUUCUGAUUAUGGUCUGCAUCGGCUGAUGACACAAACAGGAACAGCAGAGCAAUUACUAAAUGCAGGUGUCCUGGGAUACCGGGCUCCAGAACUGGCCUCUGCAAAGAAGCCAAGCCCCUCAUGUAAGGCUGACAUAUAUGCUUUUGGGGUGAUAUUGUUGGAGAUUUUGACAGGAAGGAGUGCAGGUGACAUCAUAUCAGGUGAUAUGGGGGUAGUUGAUCUUACAGAUUGGGUGAGGCUAUUAGCAACUGAAGGACGAGGAGCUGAGUGUUUUGAUCCGGCUCUCCUGGUGAUUGAGGGGGGUCAAGCUCCUCCAAAAGGAAUGGAUGAUAUGCUAUCUAUUGCUCUUAAGUGCAUCCACCCUGUAUCUGAGAGACCCAACAUUAGAACUGUUUAUGAAGAUCUAACUUCUAUAUUGGCCUGAGAUCUUAUAUCUCGUAAGAUCAUUUUAGGCUUCUAUAAAUGCAUUGUUAAAGUAUGUCUGAUUGUGAGUCUGUUUCAAUGACUCAGAAAAGAAUUUAAAUGAAUGUGAAGAAGUUUUUCUGAUUUGCCUCA